AUGGAAAAUUUUUGUGAAUUACUUAAACCUCGCGAAGAAGCGAUCCUUCAACGAUAUAUUAAUAAAUGUGUCUAUUUCUACGGUGGCUCUAUGUUUUGGAUUUACCUAAGUGCUAUUUUCAUUAUAUCUGGACCCGUUACAUUAGAUCAACCGUUUCCAACAAACGCUGAGUAUCCAUUCGAUGUUUAUCGUCAACCUUUAAAAUCUAUUAUUUUUAUACAGCAAACUAUAGCUUGCGUGCAAGGUGCUGCUCAGCUAUGUAUGAAUAUUUUUAUGGCGCUCUUAAUAUGGUUUACAUCGGCAAGACUUGAAAUACUCAUCGAAAAAUUGCAAAAAAUCACAACCAUUUCUGAAUUAAAGAAAUGUAUUCAAGAACAUCAGAAUCUAUUAAAUUAUAAUAGUCACACAAUUUUUGAUCAGCCAUUGUCAAUGAAAGUCCAAUGCGUUGGUAUAAUAUUUAGUGGAUUAUCAGUGGUAUUCAUGUAUACAUGGCCAGCAGAACAUUUGAUUCAUAUAAGUGAUGAGAUUGGACAGGCAGUCUUUGAUACAGAAUGGUAUCAACAACCAGUUGCUUUAAGGAAGACUCUACAGAUAAUUAUGUUAAGAGCUCAAAAACCAAUAAUUAUCUCAGUACCAUGUGUUAUGCCCGCAUUAUCUUUAAAAUACUAUGCAUCGUAUUUGUCGACUAUAUUUUCCUAUUUCACAACGCUACGAGUAACCAUGCAAAAUGUUUGA